GUGGGAGUUGAUUAGAUGGGGCAGAAGGGGACUUUCUGGGGUGGUGGCAAUGUUCUAUGUCUUGAUCAGGGGAUAAUUACCCAGGCAUAUACAGUAGUCAAAGCUGGACAGAACACUUACAAAGUGAGCAUUUACUGCAUGCCACGUAUGUCUCAAUGAGUCACCAGCACACAGAGCCCAAGAGCUAUGCAGGACCAGAGGUUUGUCUCCAUCUCCAUGGAGACCCGAGAUGGGAAGCCCUGCAGGUCUCUUGCUGGCUGGUGGUCGGGGUCAGUACUGGACUGCAGGACUCCUGACUCUGACCAGAGCAUUCCCCACUGUGUGUUACAGGAACAGGCAGAAGCUCAAGUGUGGGUGUCAGAGGAGGACGCUGCUGGUUCCAGUGAAUGACGCUGACCCCAUUGAGAUCAACACCUUGCUGGAUGCCUCGGCAACACUGGAGGAAGGACAUGCAAAGGAAAUAAUUCAGGACCACAUGGUGGACUCUGAGAAGCUCUUUUAUGAAGAAGAUGACGCAGGCUUUGCUACGUCGUCCCUGUGAAAGAAUCUCUUCAGGAAACCAGAGCUUUCCCCGUUUACCUUUUCUUCUAGAAGGGGAAGCAGCCUGGAAGAGACAGUCCAGUACUUGAACCAUGCCUCAACUAACACUGCUAUCCAAUAUGGUGCAGCUUACCAAAGGUCCUAGAACUUGGUCAAUGCACUUGAAGUAAUUUUUAUGAAAUACUGCGUGUGAUAAGGAAACUGGGGAAAUUUGUAUAAGACUCUUGGCGGCAUAGAGUUAUACGAUUGUGUAUUAAUGGUGGUUUUCGUCCAAGUGCAGUGGCUCAUGCCUGUAUUCCCACCACUUUGGGAGGCUGAGGUUGGUGGAUCGCUUGAGUUCAGGAGUUUGAGACCAGCCUGGUCAACACAGUGAAACUCCGUCUCAAUUUAAAAAGAAAAAGAGUGGUUUUAGGAUGUCAUUCUUUCCAGUUCUUCAUCAUGAGACAAGUCUUUUUUUCUAUUUCUUAUAUUGCAAGCUCCAUCUCUACUGGUAUGUGCAUUUAAUGACAUCUAACUACAGAUGCCGCAUAGCCACAGUGGUUUACCUUAUAGUUUUUUAACUUUAGAAUGGGAUUAUCUGGUUAUUAGCUGUAUUUUCAGUUUAGGAUAUUUCUGAGUUAAUGAUGAGAUUAUCAAGACAUAGUCCUAUGCUAAGUCAUGAGCAUAUGGAUUUAUGAGGGUUCGACUUAGAGUUUUGAGCUUUAACAUGGGAUUAUUGGGGCUUACCCCCACCUUAAUUAGAGAAACAUUUGUAUUGCUUAUUACUGUAUGCUGUAUUAUCUAUUUUCCGAUUUUUGUAUAAUGAUGUAAGCAUGGAAAAACUCUAGGAAAUGCACUUAUUAGGCUGUUUACAUGGGUUCCCUGGGGGUGCAAAUCAGCAGUCAAAAAUGACUAGAAAUAUAACUAGUGACGAAGGGAGAAAUCCUCCCUCCGUGGGAGGCACUGACUGUGUUCCAGUUCUCCCUCCUACGCCCUGAGACUGGACGAGGGUUUGAUGACUGGCAACUUCUCUGGGGGCCGGCCUGUCUUACUUGAUAAUUUUAGAGGUAUAUAGCCGUAUUUAUUGAUAAGUAGACGUUUACAUAUGCCCAGGAUUUUGAAGAGCAUGGUAUCUUUGGGAAGCCAUGUGUCUGAUUUGUCCUGCUGGGACAGUCAUGGAACUGCAUCUUCCUACGUGUCCACAGCAGAUGAAGACAGAACUAAGUUAGAUCCGAGACUGUGAAGAGUUUCUCUUUCAAGCGCCAUUACCGUUGAACAUUAGUGAAUCUUGGGCCUCCUUUGGGCUCAGGGCAGAGCAGGUGUUUAUCUGCCCCAGCAUGUGCCAUGGCAUCAGGAGGGAAGAGUGGACAGUGCUUGGGAAUGGUGUGAAACGUUUGCUGACUCAGGAGUGGAUGGGCCCCUCUCGCUUCUGGUGGUCUGUGACCCCAAGUCCCUGGGCUGCAUUUUAGGGUAGAGAUUCCUGAGCUGCAUUUUAGGGUACAGAUUCCCUAUUUGAGUCGCUUGGCUUCUCUGUAAGCAUCUGACUCAUCUCAGUAAUACCAAUUCUUAAACACUGUGACAACGGGACCUCAAAUGGCCGACACAUUUGUCCUUGUGUCACGUUCCAUUAUUUUAUUUAAGAACCUCAGUAAUCAUUGUAGCCUCUUUCCAGCAAACCCUUCUCUACAGUAGUCCAGUCGUGGUAGGAUAAAUUACACAUGUAGUCAUUCUAGGGGUUUCAGUCUUUUCCAUCUCAAGGCAUUGUGUGUUUUGUUCUGGGACUGGUUUGGCUGGGACAAAGUUAGAAUUGCCUGAAGAUCACACAUUCAGAAUGUUGUGUCUGUGGAGUUUUAGGAGGGGAUGGCCUUUCUGGUCUUCGCACUUCCAUCCUCUCCCACUUCCAUCUGGCAUCCCACGCAUUGUUCCCUGCACUUCUGGAAGGCACAGGGUGCUGCUGCCUCCUGGUCUUUGCCUUUGCUGGGCCUUCAGUGCAGGACACUCAGCCUCAAAGCUCAGAGGCAGGCAGUCCGGACCCAGCUCCCUUGUCCCUUCCUCAGAGGCCUUCCUUGAAGAUGCAUCUAGACUAUCAACCUUAUCAGUGUUUAAGCUUAUUCCUUUAAAGUAAGCUUCCUGAGAACUUGAAGUUGUUGGAGUUUUGGGGGCUUGGAUAUUUGUUUAGGUUUUGCUUUAUACCCAGGCCAAAUAGGACAUAACACCUGGUUAUGUAUGAAAUGCUAUGUUUAUGACCAAAAUAAAUGUGAAACCUCAUAUAAAAA